AUGGCUUCGCCUACAUAUAAUGUUGUUUCUUCAUGCCUCCUGAUGGAGAAUCAUAUCUCAGCUGGAGUUCUCGAUAGCGCCGAAGGAUUUACCGCUUUCGCGACUCCAGCUGGCAACCUUGUGCUGCUUUCAAUCGGCAGCGAUGCCAUCUUUCGCGCCUCGGUUGAGAUAACUGGAUCCCAGACUGGAUGGACAGUGACCGACAUAAGCACCUUGCUGGCGAAUCAAUACCCGGCUGGUACGACUUUGAGUGCUGGAUACUUUGCCUCUUCCGAAUCAGGACCAGACCGCCAUAUUUCCAUCUUGCUCAGUGUCACAGCCAAAACAAAUGGUAGUGGCAACAGUGUCGAUGAGGUCUGGCUCCUCACAGGACCGUCAGCUACGGAUGCCUCAGUGUGGUUACAAAACGGCUCCAUCUCUUUUACCAAGCUGCCAUAUGAUGCUAUUCCCUCGCCGCCCAUACAUGGAAUCACUGCCGCUACACUGAAAGUAACGGGAUUGUACGCUGAAACAGGACUCUUGCCAACUGAUCCGACACUUUCUCUCGCUACAGUCGCUGAUCCAGACGCACCAGGCGAGUUGCGCUGUUUCUUACUAAGCCCAACUGCCAGCACGGGUGCAACAAAAUGGAGCUACUAUGCACAAGAGCAGGAUGUUGGUGUUGGUGGACUGAGCAUUGCCCCCGGACGAAUUAGGUCAGAUUUCUACUCAUGGGGUCUGUACAAGAUGUACCAGCUCGACGGCACGCCUUCUUUGACCUACCUUCCAACAGAAGGCACGUUUGGGCCCCCAGAUGCGACUAUAUUCACAGUACCCAGUGGGGCAUCUACUAUAGCAACUCUCGUAUAUCAGCCACCAGGUGUCACUGCUUCCUACACAGAUCUAUUUGUUGCUGCUGAUGGGUACAUUGCCUAUUUUCCCUAUAACCAGGGUCCUCCGCACGAACCCAUUCAACUCGUCAUAAGUAGCUUGAUAGUUGGAGUAACUCAACUUCAUGCUGUCACUUGCGGCGAUCAAGCUUUUAUCUGGGGUCUCAAUGGAGCUGGACAACUGUUCUACACGGCCGCUCCUUUAGCUGAGCGAGCCAUGCCAUCUGCAUGGAAGAGCCCUUUACCAUUGCUAGGCAACGUAUCGGACAUUACAGCCGUCACCAGCAGUUCCGACUACGCCAUCGACUUGUUUGCAGUAGCCCCUCUGAGCUCUACCACUGCCACUAGCAAUAGUGCCGUUGGCAACGGUCUUGUUCGCCUUAGUCGCAACGCCAGCACUGGUGCCUGGCUUAACAGUGUUCACCCAAUGCCAACCACGAUGGACUGUAUUACAAUCAAAACUUACACCACACAUUGUCUCGUGGAAGAUUCUAACAAUAUCCCGCAGCCGCUGGUGGCAUUAACGGCUACUGCAUCGGCGGAUUGCUCACUCAUCAUCAAUGGAUCUGCGCAGCCGGUAUUUGCUGGAGAGACCUUCGACAUGAUCACCGACUAUAGCGGUUACGUCAACAUAAUUCAUGCUGUUUCUAGCCUGGCUACACCAAGCUUCGUUUUGACGCUGGUAGGAGGUGAGACCUUCAACAUCGACCCCAGCGGACAGGUGACUACGGCACUCAGCAACAUCACGUCCUCCGAUCUCGCCAAUGCGACUUAUGUUGAUGCAAAUGGCCAGACCCAGAAUCUUGUUGCUGCUGGUACAAGCGCUGAGGCCGUCUCCGGAGUUACGCAGGGCCUCCAGACGAUUUCCACACAUUUGCCAAAGUUGCCGCGGGUAGCAGCCUUUAAUGCCAGAGCAAAACAGGUUAAGCUUCAGUCUCAAGAUAAUGAUGUGUUAUCGGAUCUCGGAGACAUUGUUCAGUGGAUCAUUAACGUGGUUGACGACGUUGCAGAGAUGGUUUUCGAGGUGGUAGGCGAUGUGAUCCAUUUUGUCGUCACCAUCGGCGAGUCAGUCAUCAAAGCCGUCAUCAAAACUGUAGAAGAUGCCCUGAACGCUAUUACUGCACUGUUCAAGUGGAUAGGGGCUGAAGUCGAGGCCGUUUUCAGAUGGCUGGCCUUUGUGUUCAAUUGGUCGGACUUUGUCACCGUCAAAAAUCUGCUAAAGGAUAUAGUCAACCAGGCAAUUACCUCCUUUAUUAGCAUUGAGAAUCAGGUCAAGGUUGCUGGAGAUGAUUGGUUUUCGAAAGUGAAGGCAGAUAUAAUCCCAAACCUGACUAGCACCAAAAUGGCAAAACCAGGUGAUGUGUCUGUACAAGAGGCAUGGUCUAGCCAUCAACCACCUCCGCCCCCUAUUGGGCCGCACCAGGUCGAUUUGCGCAGCGAUCCUCGAGUUGGGUGGUUGAAGAGUCGGAUGGAAGCGGACCCGACAACUACGACACAUGCCACGAAAAGCAAUAAUAUGACAAACAUCGACCCUGUACUUGAAGCUUUGAAUACUUUAAUGCAGGACGUGGGGAAGGCUUUCGUCACAGUAUUCAGCGAUAUCCAGAAUCUACUCGACGGAAAGGUGUCAGCCUUGGGAUUCUUCGACGCUAUACUUGAGGCAGCAGAAUUGCUAGGCCUUGACGCACUCCAGGCUGUAUUUGAUUCCUUCAUGUCGAUCAUGGGUACGGUCGUUUCUCUCAUACAGGAGGGACUCAACAUGCAUCUCGAGAUACCAAUCGUGUCGCCGCUUUAUCGUCUCGCUACCGGCAAUGACUUGACUUUAUUGGACCUCGCUUGCUUUCUUGGUGGCAUAGCCAUCAACGUCAUCUAUAAGAUAGCAUAUGAUCAGAGUCCAGUUGAAGUAAUGCCACAAGUCAUGUCUCCAGCAACUGUGGCUCAAGAUAUCACCACUAUGCUCAGCCCAACAGCAUCUUCAGCACUCGUGGUUGAUGGCGUUGACGAUACACUAGGAGCCAAAAAUGCAAUAGCGGGCAUUCUGUUCAUUCUCGAAGGCUUAACACUACCUAUCAAUACCUACUACCGAUUCAAGAAGAAGUAUGGGCCUGCAAACGUAUUUUACAGCGUCUGUAUGGUUACAAGGACGCUACGCGUGCUUCUCAACUAUAGCAUAGCAAAGGAGAGGGGAUUAUAUCGCGAUUGGCGCGUAUGGGAGUCUGCUUUCACCAUAUUGUGGACCACGAUUCUGCUUCUGGUGCUAGGAUUGUCCUACGAGAAUCCUGACGCUGACUUGAUAUGGUUUGGUGACGGGUUUACCUCAAUGAUUGUGGGCAUUUGGCAGGAUAUCGCCUUCGGUCAACGUAAGAUGAAAUGCUACCUGAGUGUGGCUUGCGAUUCAUUUUGCAACGAGCUCAAGAUGGUGGACGUAAUUACUGUGGUACUUAAGAUGCCUUAUCAGGCUAAGUUUGCCCUCGGGACUGACUUUGCUAGUAUCUUCAAUGGUGAUCUUUAUUUUAACAUAAUUCGCAUCAUGAGAGCUAUUUGA